UUGUACGGGUGGAGUAGACCAGAAUGUGAAUGUUCUUUACGUCUAUCUCCGGGUAUUCUCAGGAAAUUAUUACCAAAAGAAAAAAAAAAAGGUAUUCUCACCGCAUGACCAACAUAGAAAGAGUACGGGAUUCCUAAAAUGGCACCAUAUGUUAAAAACCAAAAAAUAAAAAAUAAGUUGUCAUUUUCCUGUAUAUCACGUGAAAGAAUUUCAAGCAUAUUUAAUAUGUUUGUGAUUGUUUUGACCCUCUUAAACUCAAGGUUUCGAUAAUGGACUUUUAACCGUAAACCCGGAUGGACGUAGGUGAUGAAUGCUUUGUCUUUAUAUGGAUAAUGGAUUUCAUUGUUUUAUCAGAAAAUAUGAAUUCUGCAGUAAUUCUCUUGUGAAGAACCCAAGUUGGUUUCAUCUUGGGAGCAGAAAGAAAGUUGUGAAAGGCAAAUUGAGAAAUGAAUUGUAUUUGCUUUCUGGCGUUGCUGCUGUUUCUCUAUCUGGGAGCCUUUCCGAUUGGGCAUGCUAAAAAUGUUUCUUCAAGACCUGCUGUUGUGAACAUUGGAGCUAUCUUUACCUUGAAUUCUACAAUUGGUCGUGUCGCCAAAAUCGCCAUCGAGGAAGCAAUCAAAGAUGUCAACUCUAAUUCCAGCGUUCUUCCUGGAACCAAACUUGCUGUGCAAAUAAAAAAUUCCAAUUGUAAUGGGUUUCUUGGCAUGGUUGAAGCUUUGCAAUUCAUGGAGACAGAUGUUAUCGCAGUUUUAGGGCCACAAUCUUCUGUAGUUGCGCAUAUAAUAUCUCAUGUUGCUAAUGAACUCCAAGUUCCUUUAUUAUCAUUUGGAGCCACAGACCCAACUCUAUAUUCUCUUCAGUUCCCUUUUUUUGUAAGGACAACACAAAGCGAUUUGUAUCAAAUGACUGCGGUGGCUGAGAUAGUUGAUAAUUAUGGUUGGAGGGAGGUAAUAACCAUUUAUGUUGAUGAUGAUUAUGGAAGGAAUGGUGUGUCAGCUUUAGAUGAUAAACUAGCAGAGAGGCGCUGUAAAAUUUCCUAUAAGGUUGGGAUUCCCCCAGGAUCUGGUGUUAAACGGGGUGACAUCCUCGAUAUUCUUGUUAAGGUUGCAUUAAUGGAAUCUCGAGUUAUAGUUCUUCAUGUAAAUCCUGAUUCAGGUUUCAUGGUUUUCUCUGUGGCACAAUAUCUGGGAAUGAUGGGUAAUGGCUUUGUAUGGAUAACUACAGAUUGGCUUUCAUCUGUUUUAGAUUCUACUUCUCCUCUUCCCAUGGAUACCAUGAAAUCUAUGCAAGGAGUCCUGGUUUUGCGCCAGCACUCACCGGAUUCAGAUAGAAAGAGAGCUUUUAUCUCUAGGUGGAACAAGUUGACUGGUGGUUCAUUGGGUUUGCAUUCUUAUGGGCUUUAUGCUUAUGAUUCUGUUUGGUUGCUUGCUCAUGCCAUUGAUGCGUUUUUUAAGCAGGGCGGGGUCAUUUCAUUUUCUAUUGAUUCUAGGAUACGUUCUGCAGAAGGCAGUGGUGAUCUUAACCUUGAAGCAAUGAGCAUUUUUGAUGAUGGUUUGCUCCUCUUGGAGAACAUAAUGCAAAGUGAGCUUGUUGGUUUGACUGGUCCUUUGAGGUUUAAUUCAGAGAAAUCUCUUGUUCUUCCUGCAUAUGAUAUCCUAAAUGUGAUAGGAACUGGUAUUCGACAAAUUGGUUACUGGUCCAACUAUUCUGGUUUAUCAACUGUCCCUCCUGAGACACUGUAUGGAAGGCCACCUAAUCGUUCAGCUGUAAACCAGAAAUUAUACAGUGUUAUCUGGCCGGGUGAGACGUUAGUAAAGCCCCGUGGUUGGGUGUUUCCAAAUAAUGGGAAGCAAUUGAGGAUUGGUGUGCCUGUUCGGGUCAGUUACCGGGACUUCAUAUCACAAGUGCAAGGAACUGAUCUCUUCAAAGGUUUCUGCGUUGAUGUAUUCACUGCUGCUGUAAACUUUCUACCAUAUGCAGUUCCAUACCGAUUUAUCCCCUUUGGAGAUGGUCAUGAGAACCCCAGCUACACAGAUCUAGUGAAUUUGAUCACAGCGGGUGUAUUUGAUGCUGCUGUAGGAGAUAUUGCCAUCUAUACAAAUAGGACAAAGAUUGUGGAUUUUACCCAGCCAUAUAUUUCAUCUGGUCUUGUUGUUGUGGCUCCAUUUAAAAAAAUGAAUACUGGUGCUUGGGCUUUCCUGCAGCCAUUUACUCUGCAGAUGUGGAUGGUCACUGCUGCUUUCUUUCUUGUUAUUGGAAUAGUUGUGUGGGUUUUGGAGCAUAGGACAAAUGAUGAGUUCAGGGGUCCACCCAAAAGGCAACUUAUAACCAUUCUGUGGUUUAGCCUCUCAACCCUUUUUUUUGCUCAUAGAGAGAACACUGUGAGCACUCUUGGUCGUCUGGUGCUAAUUAUAUGGCUUUUUGUGGUUUUGAUUAUAAACUCGAGUUACACUGCAAGUUUGACAUCAAUCCUCACAGUGCAGAAGCUAUCUUAUCCUGUUAAAGGAAUUGAAACCUUGAUAAAGAAUGAUGAUCCAAUUGGAUAUCAAGUGGGUUCUUAUGCUGAGCAUUACUUGACCGAAGAACUCCGCAUAGCUAAGUCUAGACUCGUUCCCCUUGGAUCACCUGAAGCUUAUGCUACGGCCCUUCAGAAUGGUCCUAAGAAAGGAGGUGUUGCUGCUGUGGUUGAUGAGCGCCCUUAUAUUGAAAUCUUCCUAUCAAGCCAUUGCAAAUUCAGAGUUGUGGGGCAAGAGUUUACCAAAAGUGGCUGGGGUUUUGCAUUUCCAAGGGACUCUCCUCUGGCCGUUGACAUGUCAACAGCAAUUCUCCAGCUCUCUGAAAAUGGUGAUCUUCAGCGCAUACAUGACAAGUGGCUGAUGAGAAGCGGUUGCAGUUUGGAGAGUGCUGAAAUAGAAUCAGACAGGCUUCACCUUAAAAGCUUCUGGGGCCUCUUUCUCAUUUGUGGCCUAGCUUGCUUAACAGCACUUUUGGUAUACUUUGUGCAGAUUUUGAACCAGUUGCGCAAUGCUGCCACAACUGAUUCUGUAUUGGAUCCUCCAACUGACUCACGAUCUAGGCGGCUCCGGCGAAUUUUGUCCAUAAUUGAUGAGAAGGUAGAUCAUAAUAAGGAAGAUGGUAGAAACAAAAGAAGGAAAAUUGAGAGAUCUUUGUCAGAAAGUAAUAAUAACAGUGAAGUGGGAAGGAAUCCACACAGGACAGAAACAGAAAUUACUACUAGAAGUGGCAUUUAACACAUAAACCAACUUGCUUGAUUUAUUAAAAGAAUUUGUAAUUAGAUUAUCCCAUAUAUAUACAAGCCAAUUUAUAAGCAGCUAA